UUGAGUACUUCCCUGUUAGUUCAAGCGAAGACUCUUCAUUACAGUUGCCUCGUCUUCGCUUCUUUUUACAAAUUUCAGUUACACAAUAUAAUAAUAUUAUGUCGAUGUAUGUAUUGUCCAGCAAAAAUACAUUUGUAGGGCCUACAUUGUAAAUGAAACACUCUGAAAUAUUGAAGUAAGCUUACCAAAUAUUUAUGAUAGGCAUGUUUCAGCUCCUAAUAUUUUAUUCAUUCUCCUUGUUCGGUAGAGUAUCUUUUGUUAUGUAGUCUCACAAAGUGUGUUUUGCACAAGCGAUAUACGCAAAAAAAAUGUUUACUGUAGUGCCUAUAUUCUGCUAGGACUCGAUUCUGCUGUCCAUUACCGUAGCUUAGCUGGCUUGGCUCAACUUAGAGAAUAUUGAACUCUCCCCAGGAGAGAAAGACUGGUUUUGUUUCAUCCAAAGAUCAUGUCUUUUGAUCAGAAAGCCAAUAUUUGUUUUGUUUUUUAGAUUUUACACAAGUUAGUGCAAACCAAAAAGUCACCAGCUUUCGUUUCUAUGCCUAGAUCUGUUCCUCUUUUUGCUCCAGAUUUCGCACACAAAUAAACAUGAGCCGAUCGGUUGCAAAAAUCUGGGUAGUUAGAGAGAACGGACGGACAACGGAAAUAACAGCAAAGUGCAAGCAGCGACUGGACUGAUGUGAAAAAGAAGGGUACCCUGUCGCCUGUUUUGAGAUUAUAAAACAGUUUUGUCGAAUUACCUCACAAACAUAGAUCAGACUCAAAGAAAAAGAAAGCACACCCUCUGUGUGUGCCCUCCUCUGAAGCCAAAUAAUCCUGAUGUGAUGGCAGAACUAGGUCUAGAGUCGAAUGGUUCUUCGCAAUCAGGCUCAUCAUUGGGGCUCGAAGAGGAUCGCAGUCUGCCACAUUCACUGGCUUCAGGCUCAGGUGGCUUUCAGAACAAAGAAACUUUACAAGAAUGGGACCCAGGCUACACCAGUUCAUGCACUUCAGCAAAGCAGUAUAGGAAAAUGGAAGGAAAAGAUGAGCCAGUGAGUCUUACAUACACAUGGAAGCAGACACAGUCAGACGUUACAGUGACAGUCAAGUUAAAAGGUCUUCGUGGAGAGCACAACGGAGCUUUUGACAUUACAUUUACAUGCAAUGAAGUGCACAUUGGUAUUUCAAAUGAUAUAAGCCAUUCUAUCCAGUUCUACGGAGCCAUUGAGAAAGAGAAAAGUCGAGUGCAGCUGACCAAAGAGAACAUAAUCCUGAUUGUGAUCAAACAACUACCGUCACUCUGGCCCAAACUCGAGAGUGAAGUUCAACCUGAAGUAUCAGAUGCUGGUGGGUCCAAGAUGGGGGUGGUACCUGGAGAUGAUGUCAGCGAUGUUGGAACCUCAGCCCGCCUGGAUAAUUGCAACAAGACCAUUGAGGAUAUGCAGGUGGCUGAUAGUGAUAGCAGGGAGGAGGAUGUGGACAAAGGAACAGAAAUUACUGAUAAAGAGGAAGAGCCAGUCUUCCACCUCGAUCACCUCAAGCACGGCUUCUUUGAGAGGGAUAUGGUCCUGAGCCUUCAAGUGUACGUGAAGAGCCUGGACAAAGACGCCAUGAAGAUUGUGUUCAGCAAACAAGGCUUUGUCCUCAAGUUCCAUACCGCGGAUGCCAAGUUCCUACAGCUCCACGAGGGAACCUCUGCAGAGACCACUUUCUCCUGGGCAGUCACCACCAGACAAGAGAUUGUUCCGGAAGAGUGCAAGUACAAGGUGAAGGCCAGCGGUAUGGAGGUGACUCUUCGCAAAACUUCUGCCGUCAGAUGGGCAUCUUUAGAGGCUCCCUUGAGGAAAGAACCCACCGAGCCCCCAAGAAACAACGAUUCAUGGGUGCCUCUCACACGCAGCACCGGACCCCCCACCCCCGACUCCCCCUCAGAACCCCCGGCGUCAUCAACAUCUUCUGCCGGUGUCGCUGCGGGCAGUCAGGCAGAAAACGGGCCGUCCAGGAGCGUCAUGUUUGACGAUAUGGAGGACAUUGACUUGAAGAGUAACAGAGGCAAGUACAAAGGAAGCUCUUCUUCCAUCAAUUCUCAGAGGAUGGAACCAGACGCAGACAGUAUCUCCUCCGUCUUUGGUUCCAACCUUAAGACCAGGCCCACAGGGGUGUCACAGGACUGGAAUAAGCCGACGGCCAAGGUACAUCCUCUGAACAAACAAGGGGCGGAGUCAGCCAUUGUCAUCUCCCCUGGUUACGCGGGGCUGGUCAAUCUAGGCAACACGUGCUUCAUGAACUGUGUGCUGCAGGUUAUGGUCAACACCAGGGAGUUUCGCGACUAUUUCUUGGACGACAGGUUCCAGCAUGAGAUCAACGAGGACAACCCCCUGGGCAUGAAGGGUCAGCUGGCCGCGACCUUUGGCCUGUUACUGAAACGUCUGUGGUCGUGCCUCAAGUACUGCUGGGAGCCACGCAAGUUGAAGGAUCUGAUCUCAAAGAAGAACCCUCAGUUUUUUGGCUACGCUCAGCACGACGCUCACGAGUUCUUGGCGUUUCUGCUGGACGGUUUACACGAGGAUUUGAACAGAAUUAGGAAAAAACCGUAUAUAGAAACGACGGACUCAAACGGAAGGCCUGAUGAGGUUGUGGCGGCGGAGGCGUGGGCCCAGUACAAGAGUCGUAACGACAGCGUGGUGGUGGAUCUGUUCCAGGGACAGUACAAGUCCAAGCUGGUCUGCCCUGUCUGUGGGAAAGUGUCCAUCACGUUUGACCCGUUCCUGUACCUGUCUGUGCCGCUGCCCAAGAAGAAGAAGGUCAUCCCCGUCACAUUUAUGUGGAAGGAGUCCUACAAGAAGCCUGUCAGGUACCAGAUUGUGGUGUCUCAGGACAGCACGGUGGAGAAACUGAUUGAGGAGCUCGCACAGAAGACAAAUGUCAGGAAACGCGAUAUACGAGUGUUUGAGGCCUACAGAGGGAAAAUCCUCAAGUUUUUCCUGAGUGGCUCCAGUCUGUCUAAUGUGGAGGCCAAGGACAUCAUCAUUGCCUCGGAGGUCCUGUCUGAAGAGCUGGCCGGAGAAGAAGUCCUGGAGAUUCCUGUGAUGCAACACGUGUCAGCGCAAACACUGGAACCAGCACAAGUCUCAGUGCAGCAUGUGCCUGGAGCCCAUCGGCUGUCCCUUCAUCCUGUCCCUGCCCGCCUCCCGCGCCACCUACGGUCACCUGGUCAAACACAUGGAGGGAUUUGCCAGAUUCUCGGUGGACGUGUUCCAGCCCCCGGUGAAGACGCCCGAGGUGCCCAUCCCGUCGGCGACCUCCUUGACCCCCAAGCCUGGCGUUGGCGGCGGACCGGUGCCGGCCAGUAACUUAAGCAGCUCCCUCAGUCAGUCGUGCUCUAGCCUCAACAGCCUGGACAGUCUCUCCUCCGCCAGCAGCACCUGUACCCUCACUGGUGACCAGUCCGACUCCCAGACCCAGGCAGAGACUGGGGAGGAGGUUGUGGAGGCGGUCGCUUCGUCCUCGCUCUCUGAUUCCGACCAGUUUGUGACCGCGAGUGUGUCUUCUUCGUCUAUGGCGGCAGUUGCUUCCCCUUCUGGUGCGGAGAGCGUGCCAGGUACUUCAGACGCCAACGACAACAUGAGAUGUGCCAGUGUGGACAGUGGGUUCGAGUCGGUCCCAUCGCGGUCGGAGAAGCCUGCGGUGCCCACCUCCCAGGUGAUGGGGGUCCAGGCCACGGACCAGGAGCGGGACAAAGCCACGCCCACUUUCUUCAUCAAGCCCGUCAGCAUGGAGGGUGUGGGCAUCAAGGGGGCCGAGAGGCUGGAAGAUAAAGGCGAUAAGCCCCUGGAGCUGACCAAUCGUCGCAUCCUGUCCAUGGACUGGCGCAACAACGAGAAGCUGUCCUCCUACGUGCUGGUACAGUCCAAGGAGUUGGUAUUGUCCGUCCUGCAAGAAGCACGUGGAGGCCAGCAAGCAGAUGUCUAUCUGGCGUCUGCCACACACCCUCAUCAUACAGCUCAAGAGGUUCUCCUUCCAGAACUUUCUCAUGCGCUCCAAGAUCAAGAAGCAUGUUGAGUUUCCCACUAGAGGUCUGGAUCUGUCUGAGUACUGCGUGGGCCAGGCGCCGGGAGAGUCUCCACCGGUCUACGACCUAUACGGCGUGGCCAACCACCACGGCCUGCUCAUCGGGGGACACUACACGUCCUACGUGCGCUGCCACAGCGACAAUGCGCUCGCCAACAGUGAAGUCGCACUCCCUCCUCCUCCUCAGCAGCAGCAGCAGCAGCGGCUGAAUCCAGCUACCACAACACCUCCUCCUCCUCCUCCUCCUCCACUCCCCUGCAGCCUUGUGAUGUGGACCUCAUCCUGCCUCUGUCGGAACCCUCUCAUGUGAUAAGACAGCCCACCCCAGGCAACAGUCGGGCCACUGUCGUCAAAAACGACCUGCAGAGAAACGUGAAUGACGAUGUGACGAUCGAAUCUCGCCGCCGUCAGGAAGAACGUUCUUCUUCGACAUCUGAGCUCGGCUGUGCAGACAACAGCGGCAACAACAAACUGAACAGUGAGCGGGAGAGAAGGAGCGGUGUGGGAGGAGGCGGGGGCGAUGCAGAUGUUGUGGGGACCGGGAAGGCGGGGUCUGUGUCGUUAUCAUCAUCGUCAUCGGGCAACAACAAGCUCAGCCACGCCCCGUCGUUGUCCUCCUCCUCUUCUCUGUCCUCGAGUGGUUCGGAGGACAAGCAGCUGAGUCCGCUGGAGAGGGGGGAGGUGGAGCCCAUGGAGAAGCAGGAUAGAGAGAAGGAGGUGUACAACUGUGAUAAUAACGAGGAUGACCAUGUAUUAAGUAAAAACCGCUUCCCAUCUUCGUCUUUGUCUUCUACUGCUCCAGACAGCAGCUUCCAAGGAAGCAGUGGCUUCGGCAGCUCACAGUUUGGCGACAAACUUCUCGACGAGGAGGACGAUAACUACCGGUACGAUGACCCUGAGGAUUACGACGAGGACUUGGGCGGGGGGAAUCUUGUGAUUGACACUAGCCCGGACCUGGGCUACACAGACAUGGAGGCGGUGGACUGAUCACGUCGCAGCUGUCUCUGGGGGGGAACAUACUACAACACACAUGACAUAUAUCGUCAGGGGAACGCACAACAGGGGAAACACACAGCAACACUGUCAGGUCCUGUGGAGAACACACAACAACACAUGACAUACACCGUAAGGGGAACACACAACACAUAACAUGAGGUUACAUACACUGUUAGGGGAACACACAACACGUAACAUGAGGUUACAUACACUGUUAGGGGAACACACAACACAUAACAUGAGGUUACAUAAACUGUUAGGGGAACACACAACACAUAACAUGAGGUUACAUACACUGUUAGGGGAACACACAACACAUAACAUGAGGUUACAUACACUGUUAGGGGAACACACAACACAUAACAUGAGGUUACAUACACCGUCAGUGGAACACAUAACAUGAGGUUACAUACACUGUUAGGGGAACACACCACACAUAACAUGAGGUCACAUACACCGUCAGGGGAACACACCACACACACACACACUACACAUGACAUACACCAUACAACACAUGACAAACACCAUCAGAGGAACACACAACAACACUGAUAUACGCAGUCAGCAACAUGUUCACAUCUACUAAGCCCAAACAGCUAAAUUUUUCAGGAGAGAUAUAAAAACUGUUUCAUUCCUUGAACAAUUUACAUGCAUUAUGUUGGCUAUCUUUGCUUGCUUUUUUCAACAUUUAGAAAUUGAAUUUUGUCAAAAUAUUUCUUGAGUAAAAGCACGCCAGGUAUACCAGGGAUUAAGAAAAAUUAAUGAAAUUAAUUAAAGAGAUUAAUGAAAAAA